GUGUAGGCUUCCCCUUCUCCAUCCUCUUUUCUCAUCAAACCUAUUUGUACGCGCACCACCCGUUCGCCGCCGGCGCAACCCGCGCCUCGCCGCGAACCGAACCCGUGCGCUCUCGCUCUGGUUGAUUAGUUGCCAUCGCCACCACCAAUCCGGCGUUGUCUCGGAGAUUUGUCUAGGCGUUCGCGGCGGUUCGAUCGGCGGAUGGCGGCGGCGGCGGUGGCGGCACCACCCGUGAGGGGGUACUGCCCCGCGGCGGCGUCGACGUCGUCGGUGGCGAGGGUGCGGAUGCCGGCGUCGUUCGUGAGCGCGCCGCGGCGGGUUUCGGUGCGGCUCCGCGCGGCGGCGGUGGCGGAGGUGCCCCGAGGGCUGCAGCUCCGGCGGGAGGAGGAGCGGGGGUUGGGGUUCUUCGGAGGCGUGUUUGGUGGGGAGGAGGAGGAGGUGGUGGAGAAGGUUGGGGAGGAGAGGGUGGAGGGGUGGAUGAGGGAGUCGAUCGCAGAGAUCGUGCGGCACAUCGGGGAGGCGCCGUUCCUGGUGCACCUGUUCAACGACGACGACGGCGGCAGCGGGCGGGGAGGCGCGGGGCGCGUGACGGUGCGGCGGGAGACGGCGUCGGCGGAGAGCUGGCCCGACGUGCGGCGGCGGUGGGGCCCGGGCGGGAUGCGGCGUCCCGACGGAAUCAUACUGGUCGAGCAGAUCGCCGCGGCGGUCGAGGAGGGCGGCGCGUCCGCCGGCGCCGGCGCCGCCGAGGCGGCGCGGCAGGUGUGGGGCCUGGUGGUGCAGGCCCGCGGGAUGGAGUGCGCGUCGUGCUACGUGCUCGACACCUGCCGCGUCCGCUCCCCGGCGGGGCUCUGCACCCACUUCUGCCUCGCCAGGGCGCAGUGCUUCGGCGACCCCCUCGAGCUCCAGCUCCGCAACGCCUGGCUCAACCGCCUCUCCGGCCGCCGGUAGCCACCGCCGCCGCCGCCGCCGCGGCGUACUAAUGUACUAAAGCUACCGGCCUUGAUGCGUCCGAUUCUUGCUGUGAAGAAGAGCAAACGAAGCGUGCAGAUUGCAACGGAAGAACAUAUUCAGAUUCUUUCUUUGUUUUCUUUCGUUCCGGUUUCUCCCAAAUGCGGAUUUGUACAGAUUAUUGGUUGCGAAUUUGCAAUUUGCUACCUCGAUUAUUCCAACGAGGAGCGAUUCAUCCUGUCAUCGAGGCAUUGCCCCAUGUACUAUGACAACAUAUGACAACAAUUUUAUGAGAAAUUUUUUUAGUAUA